AUGUUAGUGGCGAAGAAGGAAGAGUCAAUAGACAAAAUCAGUGACUUACCUUUAAGCAUUAUGUUCCACAUAAUGGAAUCCAUGGACGCAAGGUAUGCAGUGCAGACUUGUGUCUUGUCAAAACAAUGGAAAGAACUUUGGAAGCGUAUGGCUAGUUUUUCUAUUAAGUCCAACUUUAGAAGAGUCAUUGAUUUUAACAACUUUGUGUCUCAAUUUCUUUCUAGUCGAGAUGGUUCAAUUUCUUUCUCCAGAGUUGAUAUUGUUCUACACCGUUCCUCUCAGGUCAAGAAGCUGAACAGGAUCAUCACAUAUGCUGCAUUGCAUCAUGUUCAGCAGAUGGCACUGCAUUUUUGUUUCUACAUGUUAGAUUCUAAAUUUCCUUCCUUCAACCUCCCAUGUUCAUCUUUGGUUUAUCUUCAUCUUACCCAUAAGCACUUUUGUCAUCCUGUGUUGAAAUUUCCAAACUCUCUCCUUUUGCCAGCUUUAAAAGUGUUGCACCUUGAAAAUCUUUGUUUCAGUGCAAGUUAUGGUGAUUAUGCUGAACCCUUUUCAUGUUAUAACUUGCUGCAUACUUUGAUCCUGAAAGAUUGUUCUUUAUUUGAUACCGAAGAACUGUUGAUAUCUAAUUCUAAUCUUUCCACUCUGAGUCUUCACCAUAUGAACAGAAAACCUUACAAAUUUUUUCUUUCCACUCCAAUUCUUAGUUUUCUAACUAUGACUGGUCAAAGCUAUUUCUGCAAUCUUUCAGCAGAAAAUAUUAAAGUUGGAUCUUGGUUGAAGCAGUUUUCUAAUGUAAAAGAACUAACUCUCCCUGAUGCUGCAGUUACAUUUAUUUUAGAGGUUCUGUCAAAGCAUAAUUUAGUGGAAACUCAAAUUGCUUUUUUUCCAAAGUUAGAGUCAUUAAAAGUGAUAAAGGAUAGUGUAACGUCUGAUGAAGCUGUAAACACGAUG